CGGAAUGACUAGCGCUUCGUUUGAUAAGUAAUUUUGUGACAUUACAACCAAAUUUUCUAGAAUCAAGAUUGUUUUAAAAAAUAAAAAAAAAAUACGAGUUGUUUGAAAUUAACUAUUUUGGAAAUUGUAAGAAAUUUAUUAGUAGAAAGUUUUACAUAGAGGAAAAAUAUGGCAGGGGCAACAUUAUUUGAAAGAGCUCAAGCUCUGACAACAGUUAAUCGUGAAGAAGGCAUUUCUUUGUUGAAUAAAAUUGUCCGUGAACAGGAAGUAGCAGAAAAUGAUGACGAACUCAUUAGGAUUAAAGAACAGGGAAUAAUGCAAUUAGGUGAACUAUACAAACAGGAAGGUAAGGCUAAAGAACUUGCCGACCUGAUAAAAGUUACCAGACCGUUUUUAAGUUUAAUAAGUAAAGCAAAAGCAGCUAAACUUGUACGAUCAUUAGUUGAUCUAUUUUUGGAUAUGGAAGCUGGAACUGGUAUAGAAGUUCAACUUUGUAAGGAAUGUAUUGAAUGGUCUAAACAAGAAAAACGUACAUUUUUGCGUCAGUCUUUGGAAGCACGUUUAAUUGCGUUGUAUUUCGAUACGAAGAUGUAUACAGAAGCAUUGCAAUUAGGUUCACAAUUGCUAAGGGAAUUGAAAAAAUUAGAUGACAGAAAUUUAUUAGUUGAAGUACAAUUGCUUGAAAGUAAAACUUAUCAUGCUUUAAGUAACUUACCAAAAGCUCGAGCUGCUCUAACUUCAGCAAGAACAACUGCAAAUGCAAUUUAUUGUCCGCCAAAAAUGCAAGGAGCUCUUGAUUUACAAUCUGGAAUACUGCAUGCAGCUGACGAAAGAGAUUUCAAAACAGCUUUUUCAUAUUUUUACGAAGCCUUUGAAAGUUUUGAUAGUGUAGAAAGUGGAAGAGCGCUAACUGCUUUAAAAUAUAUGCUGCUGUGUAAAAUUAUGUUGGGACAUUCUGAUGAGGUCAAUCAGAUUAUUAGUGGUAAAAUGGCUAUCACUUAUUCUGGAAGGGAUAUUGAUGCAAUGAAAGCAGUUGCUGAAGCAUCACAUAAACGUUCAUUGGCUGAUUUCCAAAAUGCACUGAAAGACUAUAGAAAAGAACUAGAGGAGGAUCCUAUUGUCAAAGCACAUUUAGGUACACUUUAUGACACAAUGUUAGAACAAAAUUUAUGUAGAAUCAUCGAACCAUACUCAAGAGUACAAGUUGAACAUGUUGCUGCGUCAAUUAAGUUACCUAUGCCGCAAGUAGAAAAAAAAUUAUCUCAAAUGAUAUUGGAUAAAAAAUUCAGUGGAAUUCUAGAUCAAGGAGAAGGCGUGUUAAUUGUCUUUGAAGAAACUCCAGUUGAUAAAACAUAUGAACGAGUGUUGGAAACGAUUCAAAAUAUGGGAAAAGUAGUUGAUACUUUGUACCAAAAGGCGAAAAAGUUAUCAUAGACUUAUAUUUCUUGCCGUAGCAAUUAUCGCUUAAAUAUUUUUUAAAGCAUAUAAAAAUCCGAAAAUAUUUCAAUCCAACGGAAUUAAUUGUUAAUUUUUCUCAUUUUGUAAAAUUUUCUAAUACAAUGCUAAAAUACAAAUAAAAUUAAUUUGGAAUGAAAAAAAAAUAUUAACUUAAUUAUGAACUUAUAUUUAAAUUAAAAUAAUAUUUAAUGUGUAUAUAUACAUAUACAUUCAUUUUUAUAUAAAAAUAAUAGAAAAAAAUACAAAAUAUCAAAAUUUACUUAAGGAGCAUUCAAUAGUUACAUGCAGGUCCAGGAUUUUAGUUUAAUUUUUACUUAUUUUAAAACAAAUUAAUAAAAAUUGAACAUUAAAGACGAAUUGGUUUUUCUUUUGUUUUAACACAUUUUGCAGUAUAAUUGUUAUUAAAAGAUACAUCGACAAUUAAAAUGAUUCUUUCUAAAAAAAAAUGUUAAAAUUUGUAACUGAAAUAUAUUGAAUAAAACUUUUAAAUAAAAAAAUUAA